AUGUUCCGACAUGCGCUGAGAGGAGGGGCCACAAAUCGGAAUUUCAGCCCCUGGGCCGCGCCAAUUCUGCUCCAAUCUAGACCAAGAGCAUGGCCGACUUACAAGGCUGGUUUCCACGAACUCGGGGGAGAUGCGCCGCAUAGGAAUGCCGAGUCUGAUUCCCAUUCCGCAUCGAAUUCGUCCCGUCGCUCGCACUCAGAUCACAUACUCAAGAACGAAACAAUAUAUGCUCUGUCGUCGGGCGCGGGAAGGGCGGGCAUAGCCGUCAUUCGAGUUUCCGGACCUGGCAGUCUUGAUGUUUACCGCUCAUUGUGCCCGUCAAAUCCCCCACCAAAGCCUAGGUAUGCCGGUGUGAGGACCUUGACAGACCCCGGCGAUGCGUCUGGCGCCAGCAUCCUAGACUCGGACGCCCUUGUACUCUACUUCCCCGGUCCCAAGACGGUCACGGGCGAGGAUGUUCUCGAACUGCAUGUCCACGGCGGGCACGCGACCGUCAAGGCGGUCCUUUCCGCCAUCCCAAGAUGCAUGCUUCCGCGUGCCAAGAUACGCUAUGCCGAGCCAGGCGAGUUCACCAAGCGGGCCUUCCUCAACGGCCGACUCGACCUCGCCCAGGUUGAGUCGCUGGGGGAGACGCUAGCGGCUGAGACGGAGCAGCAGCGCCGCGCAGCAGUCCGAGGCACCUCGGGCAUCCUCGGGAAGGCGUACGAGGGAUGGCGCCAACAGCUCCUCCUCGCGCGCGCCGAAAUCGAGGCCCUGAUUGAUUUCUCCGAGGACCAGCACUUUGACGAGUCCCCCGCCGAGCUGCUGACAAACGUGUCGUGGCUAGUGGACGGCAUCCUCGGCUCCAUCCGGCUGUACCGGCUCGGCAGCCAGCGGAGCGAGCUGUUGCGCAAUGGGAUACGCAUAGCGCUGCUGGGGCCCCCCAACGUCGGCAAGAGCUCGCUGAUGAACCAGAUCGUCGGUCGCGAGGCGUCCAUCGUCUCGGCCGAGGCGGGCACGACGCGCGACAUUGUCGAGGCGAGCCUCGACAUCCGCGGCUUCCUGUGCUCCUUUGCCGACACAGCCGGGAUCCGGACGACGUCGGUGGUGGCGUCGUCUUCCUCGUCGGACGCCGUCGGCGGCGCCAAGGCGUCCUCGCCGCCCGCGGCCGCCAUUAGCACAAUAGAGGAAGAAGGAAUACGGCGGGCGCGGAACAAAGCGCGAGACUCGGAUGUCAUCAUCGUCUUGGCGUCAGUAGAAUUGGCCAGCGACGGCACGCCCUGGAUAAACUACGACACCGAGACGCUGCGCUUGGCGGCGGGCGCACAGCAGUUCAUAGUUGCGGUGAACAAGAGCGACGUUGUGGACCGAGACGUCCUGCGGAAUCUGCUCCGCGACUUUGCGGCGUCGGUGCGCAUGGACCAGGAAGGGAGGUUGUCCUCCUCGUCCCACGACGGUGAUCUUGUCCCACUAGCUGCAGCAGCCGCUGAACCACCGCUCCUCGCAAUAUCCUGCAGGGCGGCUGCAGCGGACGCCAAGGGGCUGACGGACCCAGGGGGGAUCCAGGCGCUGGCUGAAAAAUUGGCCCAAUCGUUCGCGGUUCUGACCUCGGUGCCUAGCGACAUGCAGCAUCUGCUUAGUGUAACCGAAAGACAAAACCAACUUCUAGUCGUAUGCCAACGGCAUCUAGAAGACUUUGUGACCGAGGCGGCGCGGCGGCGGUCUUGUGGAACCUUAGACGAGCACGCGGUUUCUGCAGAACCUGAUGUCGUACUAGCGGCAGAGCACUUGCGCCUUGCCGCUAAUUGUCUAGCUUCUAUAACUGGUCACGGAGACGCCGGCGACGUCGAAGAAGUUUUGGGGGUCAUAUUCGAAAAGUAA